AUGGCCAUCUUUAACUCACCUCGAUCAUUUCAAAAUGUCAAUUUCAAUCAGGCCCCUAUGGGCAUUGAUCGCUCAUUCAUGGCAAGCGCCCACGAGAGUCAUCCCCCAUUCUUUCAUUUAGUGCUUCUUGUGUUUGAGGCCGUCUUAGAGGUUGUCUGCGUCAGUCUCCCUGGAUACAUUGCCGCUCGUACGGGCAUGUUUGAUGCCGAUGCUCAGAAGCUUGUGGCGAACCUCAAUGUGACUUUGUUCACGCCGUGCCUGAUCUUCACAAAAUUGGGUUCGCAAUUAACUGCUGAUAAGCUGACGGACCUGGCGAUUAUCCCCGUCAUUUUCAUCGUCCAGACAUUUGUUUCAUACUUCUGUUCCUUUGUUGUUGCAAAAUGCUGUCGCUUCAAGAAGCGUCAGUCCAAUUUUGUGGCUGCUAUGGCGGUCUUCGGCAAUUCGAACUCCCUCCCCAUCUCCCUCGUUGUGUCACUCUCACAAACCCUUAAAGGCCUCCACUGGGAUCAGAUCCCUAACGACAACGAUGACGAAGUCGCUGCACGUGGAAUUUUAUAUCUUCUGAUCUUCCAGCAGCUGGGCCAGCUCGUGCGCUGGAGUUGGGGAUACCACAUUCUCCUAGCCCCCAAGGAUCGAUACCUGGAAGAGGCUGAGCGCGAUGAGACCGGCCAGUCGGUCAUUGAGCAAGGCCAAGCGCGGUACACCGACAACCCAGACCAGACAGACCCGGACGAACCACUCAUCCGAACGCGCAGUUCAGAAGAUCUGGAUCAUGCGCACCACGCCACACAUAGCGACCGCUUCCGAUCCGGCGAUCAAACACCCGUAUCAACGCGUGCAUAUUCCUACUCCAAGCUCUCCUCCGCCCACUCCGACUGCCCAGGUUCAGACGACACCCCGUCAGUAAUCGGACCGCCACCAUCGGGCCCCUUCCUGGCCCGCCAAAGCACCGAGGGCGAAAUCCUCCAAUUUCCCGAUGUGGAGGGCACUGCCCGGGAAGCCCACGAAGCAGAGCAGACCCGCAUCCAACGCUGCAAAGCAUCCCUUCGCAAAUCGCGAGACCGUUUGGGCCGCUGGCGCGAAGAGAAAACCAACGCGCUGCACGCGCGUCUCCCUACACAAGUUCAAAAAGCCCUUGGCUCGACCACGCGCGGUCUGCGUCGCUUCCUCAGUGGUCUGUGGGACUUCAUGAACCCGCCCUUAUGGGCAAUGCUCGUGUCAAUUAUUAUCGCCUCCGUACCUAACCUCCAACACCUCUUCUUUGAUGACGGUACCUUUGUUCGCAACUCUGUGACCCGCGCAAUCGACCAGAACGGACAGGUUGCUGUGCCACUGAUCUUGGUCGUUCUGGGUGCCAACCUUGCGCGCAACACUAUUCCAGAAGAGGCACUGGCCGAUAUGGAGCACCCCCGUGAUGAGCGCAAGCUGAUCAUCGCUUCUUUGGUUGCGCGCAUGCUGCUUCCUACUAUCAUUAUGGCACCAUUGUUGGCGCUCAUGGCCAAAUUUGUGCCGAUUAGUAUUCUUGACGACCCGAUUUUUGUUAUUGUCUGCUUCUUGCUUACUGGCGCGCCCUCGGCUUUGCAAUUGGCGCAGAUCUGUCAGAUCAACAAUGUUUAUGUGGGCGCCAUGUCGAAGCUCCUGUUUCAGAGCUAUGUUGUCUGGAUCCUGCCCUCCACCCUUGUGCUCGUCAUGUGUGCCUUGGAGGUCGUCGAGUGGGCUGCCGCUUCUUCGUAG